UUUUGCUGAUAGGUUUAUAGUAGUAGUGAUGCUUACCAUCAUUUGUUAUUUCUUAAAGUGGUUGUAUUAAAAUAGUAUUUUACUCUUGAGGUGUACUUUUAAUCCUUAGGUCUCAAAGUAUUUUAUAGAUGGUCAUUAUUUUUUAUGAUUCCUCUAAAACCAAGGUCAGAGAAUCACCCAAGCCUUAUAAAAAUGUGGAGCAAAGUAACAAAGCUUGAUUCGCAAACAUCCGUCUGUUUUCUGGUACCAUUUAAGAAGUUUAAAGAGAUAAGACUAAUCAUUUCUUCCAGUGGCAAAAUGUGGAAAAUUGAUUGACAUUUCUUUAUUUUGACCUUAAUACUCAUUUGAUUCUUUUGUUUAAAAUGCAGAAUGCCGGGUCUAAGUUGUAGAUUUUAUCAACACAAAUUUCCUGAGGUGGAAGAUGUAGUGAUGGUGAAUGUAAGGUCCAUUGCUGAAAUGGGGGCUUAUGUCAGCUUGCUGGAAUACAACAAUAUUGAAGGCAUGAUUCUUCUUAGUGAGUUGUCCAGAAGGCGUAUCCGUUCUAUAAAUAAACUCAUCAGAAUUGGCAGGAAUGAGUGUGUGGUUGUCAUUAGAGUGGACAAAGAAAAAGGAUAUAUUGAUUUGUCAAAAAGAAGAGUUUCUCCAGAGGAAGCAAUCAAAUGUGAAGAUAAAUUCACCAAAUCCAAAACUGUGUACAGCAUUCUUCGUCAUGUUGCUGAGGUGUUAGAGUACACCAAGGAUGAGCAACUGGAGAGCCUGUUCCAGAGGACUGCCUGGGUCUUUGAUGACAAAUACAAGAGACCUGGAUACGGUGCCUAUGAUGCAUUUAAGCAUGCAGUCUCAGACCCAUCUAUUUUGGAUAGUUUAGAUCUGAAUGAAGAUGAACGGGGAGUACUUAUUAACAAUAUUAAUAGGCGUUUGACACCACAAGCUGUCAAAAUUCGAGCAGAUAUUGAAGUGGCUUGUUACGGUUAUGAAGGCAUUGAUGCCGUAAAAGAAGCCCUGAGAGCAGGUUUGAAUUGUUCUACAGAAACCAUGCCCAUCAAGAUUAAUCUAAUAGCUCCUCCUCGGUAUGUGAUGACUACAACAACCCUGGAGAGAACAGAAGGCCUCUCUGUUCUCAAUCAAGCUAUGGCUGUUAUUAAAGAAAAGAUUGAGGAAAAGAGGGGUGUCUUCAAUGUUCAAAUGGAGCCUAAAGUGGUCACAGAUACAGAUGAGACCGAACUUGCAAGGCAGCUUGAGAGGCUUGAAAGAGAGAAUGCAGAAGUGGAUGGAGAUGAUGAUGCAGAAGAAAUGGAAGCCAAAGCCGAAGAUUAACUUUGUGGGAAACAGUCCAGUUUAAGGAACACAAAGCAGCCCUUCCUGGCUGUAAACCCUAGACUUGAAAGUUUUCCAGUAUUGAAAACUUCAAAGCUGAAUAUUUUUUAUUUCCAAGUAUUUAAAUGUUCCAACAGACCAAAACGUGACAUGCCCUCCUAAAAGUCAGCUGUUUUCACACAAGAGCUCCACCAUUCAGCAGUUUUUAAGGGAGUGGGCCUAACUUCACUAGAGACAAAUCUUUAAGAACAGUCAUAAAAUUGGGCUUGUGGUUUCCAUUUCUCAUGUCUCCAGAUUGGCACCCCUUUGUAGUUCAGUGCCUCCCUGAGAUUUACCAGGGGCACCCAAAGCAAAUAGCCUCAACCUUUCUAUAUAAAAUGUAUCAAGCAAACAUUAAAUAAAUUUCUGGGAUAUUUAACUA